AUGUCUUUUCAACUAUUCUCCCGCUUUCCCCGCUUCUUCCACUUUUUCGCCUGUCUCCUGAUCGCAAUCCCCAUCUUUUCAUACGUUUCAGCUGUCCCUGCUCCUGCUGAUGGAGUAAGAAAUCCAAACAAUAAACUUAAGAUUACUCCAAGUUUCACUUCGGAAUCGAACGGUGAUGUCAGCGGUAUACAAUCUGGCAGCCCUGACUUAAGCGGUCCUCCAAGGACUGGCAAGAUUAAAUACCAUGGAGGAUUUGUCAAUACUGGCACCAUUGACAUCUAUUAUAUUUAUUAUGGUAGCUGGUCUAGUGCUGAUCGCAGUACUCUCGAUUUUUUGAUGAACAAUAUCGGGUCAACCGGCUAUACUAAAAUUCUCGCUUCUUACAACGACGGUAACAAUAAGAGUCUCAGUGGCAAUGUCAGACUUGCCGGAACUUUUCUUGAUAAUUAUUCCGUUGGCAAAUCUAUUACGGACAAUACUAUGGUCAAUGUUGUCUCAAACGCGAUAAAGAAAGCGCAAUGGCCAGCAGAUCCGGGUGCUGUUUAUUUCAUUCUAGGCAGUUCGGAUGUGAACCACACUUCUGGAUUCUGUAGCGACUUUUGCGGAUUUCAUACAUUUGAUACAAUUCAUGGGGCAGAUAUCAAAUACGCAUUUGUUGGUGAUCCCACCAAAUGCCUUGAUGGAUGCGCUCCGUUGUAUGCCAAUUCAAUUUCCCCCAACAACAAUCCUGGCAUUGAUGGCAUGGCCAGUAUUAUCAUGCAUGAAAUGGUCGAGAGUAUUACAGAUGGAGAUUAUGAUGCUUGGUUUGAUGACUUUGACUAUGAAAUGGCCGACAAAUGUGUAUGGAACUUUGGCGGUUCUACAUUUAUUAAACCCGCUAGAAAUGGGGCUUUGUAUAAUUUGGAUGUUGGGCAAAACCAAUACCUUGUUCAGCUACUGUGGCACCGAACAAAGCAAUGUAGGCUUACGGCUUGA